AUGCAUGAAUUAGAAGCAGCACCAGUCGGUCAAAAUUAUAUUGUUAUUAUUGAUGCUGGCAGCAGCGGCUCAAGAAUGUUCGUUUACACAUGGAGGCCGAAAGCAGAGUCACUGAGUGGACUAGAAGAUGUGGAAAUUUUGAAAGAUGUAAACGGAAGUUCUGUGGUGAAGAAAAAAUCCCCUGGUCUUUCGAGCUUUGGAGACAAGUUGUCUGAUAUUCCUGCUUACAUAUCUGAAUUGCUGGAUUAUGCUGGUUCACAUAUCCCUUUGACAAGUCAACCGUCUACCCCAUUAUUCAUUAUGGCUACUGCAGGAAUGAGGCUUCUUCCACAGACAAAACAAGAUGUGAUUUGGAAAACUGUCCGAAGUCAUGUGAAGUCCGCAUACAAAUUUCAGUUUAGAGACUGUCAUGCCUACACUAUAUCUGGCACAGAAGAAGGUUUGUUUGGGUGGAUCGCUGUAAAUUACCUUCUUGGGCGGUUUCGUUUACUUCCGGGGGAUAACGGGCCUACUAAACAACCUACCAACGGUAUGCUUGAUAUGGGUGGAGCUAGUAUGCAAAUCGCCUAUGAAGUACAAUCGACAGAUAACCUACCAUCCAACUUAAUAUCAGAGUUUUCUCUACAGAAAAAUUGGUUUUCUACGAGUCAACAAUACAAGCUCUACGUUAAAAGUUAUCUCGGUUUUGGAAUGAAUGCAUUUCGACAAAGGUAUGAAGAAUACCUCUUCUGGACGUAUGGCACGGGUAUUAAUGGUAAAUUAAAUACAUCAAAUGUUGAGGAUCCUUGCUUACUUCAAGGCUUUGAUGUACAGAGUAAACUUGCUUCUCGUGAGAACCCUGAACCAGCGAAUGAAAUAUUUUCUGUUCAAUAUACAGGAGCAGGUGAUGUGGAAAAAUGUUUGCGAAAUAUAGAACCUUUACUUAAUUUAAAUCAAAGUUGUUCCCCAUUGCCAUGUGCAAUUGAUAAUAUUGUGCAAUUAGAUCCAGACUUCAAUUCAAUGGAAUUUUAUGGUCUUAGUGAAUUUUAUUAUACGUUAGAAUCAUUGAAAAUGAUUCCCCCUGUUCAGUAUAAUUAUACUUCAGUAUUAAACAAAAUCAAGGAAAUUUGUAGUACACGCUGGUCAACCUAUUUGUCGACACUUAGGAAGGAAAACCCAAAUUUAUCUGAAGAAAAAUUUAAUUCAUUUUUAAGCUUCAAAAAAUUAAUAUGCUUUAAAGCUUCAUAUUUAGUUAGUGCAUUUCAUAAAGGGUUGCAUUUUCCAACUAAUUAUGACAAACUUAUUCCUACUCUUGAGAUUAACAAAACCGAAUUACAAUGGAGUUUAGGAGCUUUGCUAUAUAAAUUAAAAGCAACUACAAUAUUAGAAGAACUUUUGUUACGUCCAGUUUUUUGCUCGUUGAUCUUAUGA